UCACAACUCUUAUUCAAAAUAAUAUACCACGCAUUAAAAACCAUAUAAUUACUAAAUAUAAAACAUAUUACUACUGAUCACAAAACACAUUUGUAUAAAACAAAAAUUAUAUUCAGUAUUUUCAAGAACUUGCAUUCUCUACUCUCUCUCUCUCUCUCGUGUCAACUCCUUUCAGUCAGUGGGCCCCGAAAAAACAGUUUUUUGUCAGCUCCUUUUCAGUUGCUGACCUCACUCUCCACUACUACUUUUUACCAACAAAUCUUGAUCCUUAAUUUAAUGGCUCAUUUUUAUGUAUCAUUGGAUAUAAGAUGAGAACCGUUCUCCAAAAUCCAAGUGGUGCACCAUAUCUAAAUUCGCACCAAAGCCAAUGAGCAUCUGCUCCUGUCACUUCCCAAGGAUCUACAGAUACAGGGAUGCUCUAGAGCAACCAUCACCUGACUGCACGGCCAGGAUGAAGUCUUUGAAGCAGUGCACAUCAAUCAUAACAGAACUUGACCAAGAAAAGGUAACACAUGUUCUACCUGUUCUCUUAUCAUGGGACUGUUAUAGGCUACAUUUAAUUUUAAUGACUUGAAGAAAUGAACAACUGAUGCCAACUGGUUGGUUGCAAUUGAGUGGAUAUGGCCUAUGGAAAUCAGAAGACCCUACAGUGAUUUCAUACACAUGCAAACCCUGUGCUCUUUUAUUUCUCCAGUUUUAGCCUUUAGGAUCAUCAAUAUCUCUUUCCUGGUUUAAUGAGUUUUUCAAUAUUUGUUUGCCUGCGCGAAUAGAUGUAAACACAACGGGUUUUUUUACUUUUCUUUUACAAAGAUGUAAAGAGAGCGGUUGAUAGGAAGCAGUUUGCGUUUAAGGGAUUUGUUAGCACCAAACCUUGUUGAGAGUUUGGUUGAACUUUUCAAAAUAACUAGAAAUGAGACAAAAUAUGUGUCACCUUGUAAAUAAAGAUAAAAGGAUGAAACUAUCCUCGUAAACUAAAGACUAUUCGGAAAAAAAUGGGAGGAGCUCUCUCCUCUCUCUUCGAGCUGUGUAUUUGGCUCGGGCGGUGGCUGAUGCAGACAAUGGCUAUUCUUUUAGCUACUAUCUUGCGAAACCAAAGACAAUGCUGGAAAGCUUCCAAGUUUGGUGCCUGCUUUCCUAGUGAGGAUGUGAGAAUGGUCCGCUGUCGUGGCGGCGUCCUUAUGAGGAAACCCACUUUAGAUCCCGAUUGUCAACGUGACCUAUGUGCGGUUGUCCACCAACCGGAUAGGUUGAUCUGGAAACGAAAACGGAGUAAUGCUUUUGAGGAGUAUGAGUCCUCGUAUGGAAAACUAAUUAAAAGAUGCAGGCUUCAACCAUUAAAGGGGUGGCGAUUCUGGCUCCCUCCCUCGUCGGAACUGGUUGGAGACAAAUCAUGUUUGGCCUCAGCUUCGUUGGCUUAUAUUGUCAAGCAGGCUAGCAAAGGGGAUGCUCCCAAGCACCUUGGUUGUAGUGGUAGUGAGAGACCCUUGUGGGGAGGAAAACAUCAAACGUCAGCGUUACAAUGGCCGACAACGAGUAUGGUUCCUUCCCUGCAUCAUUUUGCUGGCGAUGUCCACCUGAUCUCGAAGGUUAGAAAAGGUGCACCUCAAUCCCGAGAUACGUGGUUAAUUCGUAAUCGAGCGGUUGGAAAAAGAUUCCUCCUUGAUCUUUCGUGGCUGUUACGAGGGUUUCGAUUUUGCCCUUACCAACAUAAAAAACUAAACCAUAAUAUUAUAACCCUUCAUGAGACUCCUAAUCCUAGUCCAACUCGACAAGAGGAGUUUGAGAGGCAAGCCAAGAGGCUGUUUAGGGUGUCCACUGAUACUCUCGCCUAUAUAGCUUCUACCCUUUGUUACGUACUCCUAUCUAAUAUUUUCUAGACGUGACAUGGUCUAAAGAAGCUAGACGAGCAGUACCCUUGCAAUGAUCUGCUACCACCGAGAUUUGGUCAGGUAUGGUGGACGCGAACCUAAGUUCAUUCCUGAUAAGCCGUUAAUUGCACAUGUUUUUAACCCUAUUCUGGAGCCGUUUGAGGUGUUGAUUCUCGUGUUUUAGGCCGAUUUCACGCUAUGUUGUGUUUGUUUGUGAUAUUUCAGGUCCUAGUAAGUGAAUGAAGGCUUGGGAGCGAGUUCGGGGUCGAUUGGACGAAGAUCGGGCACGAGGCAAGUCACAAAGGAAGCCACACGGGCACACACACAACUCACAUGGCCGUGCAAGUGACCAAGGAGGCCGUGUGGGAUUGUGCGAGCCUUCACACGGGCACAAAUAAAAUCCACACGGUCGUGUGAAGUUGCAAUUUGGCCGUGUGGAAUUCUGUGAGUCGGGAAUUUCUGGUUUUUACCCAAUUUCGGGCUGCAAGUGAGAGAAUCGAAUUUUCAGAGCAAAAACAGAGCCAUAGAGAGAGAAAGUACGAAGAACACAUCCUAGAAGCUAUCUUGGAGCUGGAUUUCAUCAAAUCGAGCUUGGAGAUCGUCAUAGAGUGGAAAUCAUCAUCCCUGAGCAGAUUCUUCCCAUUGUUAUGAGUAUGACUGCUUUGUAUUCUGUUUUCCUCUCUCUCUCUCUAUGGAGUAGAACCCUUCUCUCACUUGGGGUAUGAAGAACCCUAGUUCCAUGUCUUAGGGAUUUGAUUGUAAUGACUUGGGAUGAUUAUACUGUUUGGUUUUAAUCGAAUGAUGCAUGUUUAUUGAGUCAAUUGAAGUCUGAUCAGCUUUUCCUGAUUUUUGCUGCAACCUGAGAUAGAUAGAAUCUGAUUAGGUUGUUAGAGCCUCAUCAUUCGGUAGUAGGAGAUUGGCUAUAAGAGAGUUAGCCAGUUUACUGCUUUGUACUGGAAUCCAAUUCCAGUAGUGGAGUUUUGUGCUUAUUGCUUCAGCUUUCUAUCCCGGUGAAGACUAGUCGUCUGCCGGGUAGUUAGACUGAGAGGGCUUGGUCAGCUUAAGAGAUUCCAAGCUACUGUCGGAUCUUUCGCAGUCUAAUCAACAAUAAAUCAACCCAGGGUAA